AUGAAUACGUCUGGCCAGCCCAUCGAUUUUGAUAACGCCAGCACAUCUCGUCAAGCCGCUGAAGAGGCAGUUCCCGACCAACUUUCCCAACAAAAUUCACCGAAGCUACCCCUUCCCCUGACAUCUCAUGGACCGGUUUUAUCCAGCUAUGACCAACAAGGUUUAGCAGAUCUUCAAAAUCACUUUCCCAACCAUACAAUCACUAGUCGUCUAUUGGCUCAUUUCUUCGCGGAGUCCACAGUUCCCUGGUUGUGGGAUGUCAUAGACAAACCCAUGUUUGACAACUGCUAUUACACCUUUUCGAUGGGCCACUGCGCACCCUCGAUGGAUUUCAUUGCUCUCUUGGCAAUGGUGUGUGCAAUAUCCUUGCAGUUCCUCCCCGAAACGCCGGCCAAUGUGAGUUAUACCGCACGUAAUUUAGAACAUACCUAUACCUCCAAACAGUCGACGCUGUUUACGGACUACCAACAUGGAAGAGGUGUCCUCAAAGAACGAAUGUAUGACUUUUCAUGCUCCAUAUUGCUGCAUAAUCCUACUCCGGUGCCUUCUUUGGAGCGCAUACAAGCCCUCAUCCUACUUUCACUCUUCCAAUUGAACGAAGGAAACGUGAGCGGUUCGUGCAACUCAAGUGCUGCUGCAAUUCGUCUGGCGCACUCAUUAAGAAUGAAUAGAUGCGCAACUGGCUUGAGCGAAGCUGAAGCUGACAUUCAUCAACGAGUAUGGUGGACCUUGUUCAACGUUGAUCGGUUUCAUUGUGAUGUCGAGAUACCAAACGUUUACUUGACGGCAUUAUCGCCUCGUUUGCGUCCUGAUACAGGAGGAAGUUUUCCAACAGAGCCCACUUUUCACGCCUUGCAGAACCAUUGGGCUAGACUUGUGGGAGAUGUUUGGAGCAGAUACCUUUUCCAUCAUGCAUCAUCGUAUCGAUAUAUACUUGACAUCGAAUGUCAGAUCGAAACUUUUGAAAGCAACAUUCCGCCUUCCAUGCGUUCGACAUCAAUAUCGAGUAAUAGCAUGUACGCCCUUGUCCAGAGUCAUGUUCUAGCGGUACAGCCACACCACUUACGCAUAUUGCUUCUGCGGCCAUCGUUACUCAAGUUUUUUUCUACCAACCGACAACUUGUAACGGAGCCCACAGAAGCAUUUCAUCAGUGUGCUGCGCAAAUAUGUAUAUCCUCCUGCAAACGACUUCUAGCAUUCUAUUACACAAGACGGAAUGACUUCAAUUCCUGUGUUCACCACUGGGCAAGCUCAAUUUCCAAAUUAUUUGAUGUUUCCCUGUCACUGAUUAUUGCAAGCUUGGUGCCGCCUAGGCAAUUCGGGCUGAAUGAUGAUCUGGGCACCUGGAUAUCGAUGGCCCACAGUCUCCUUUGCUGGACGAGUGCUUCGAGCACCUUGGCCUUGUCCGCCGCACGCUAUGUUGAGGUUAUGCAAAAUUACGCACGGUUGUCUUCACAUUCGUUAAACAAUGCCUCUCAACCGCUUGAUAUCGGUAACUGGCACAAUAAGGCGACACAUACGCUCGCAGAGGACGCAGAUUCCGUGGCCGGAUUAUUGAACAAGCGAGCCAAAGGUCAAGAGUGGCUAUCUUCGGAGGUGGAUCCUGUGUACGAGGUUCAGUUUCCUGGAUUUCAAGCAUUUUGCGACGGCAAAACGUCUAUAUUGGAAAACUUUAUGGAAAGAUAUUGCUCUAGUUAA